AUGGCAGGCGAGGGCGUCACGGCCAUGAUCGUGGCUGCCGACGACGGCGAAGGCAUGUCACCAGGUACCACAAACGUGUCGCCCAGCGUGUCUCAGCCAGAGGCGCCGCACGCGGAGGCGGCAGAGAAGGCGGCGGAGAAGGCGCUCGAGGCCAAGAGGCGGCGCGAGCAGCGCGAGCGGGAGGAGGAGGCGGCGGCGCGAGAGCGCGAGCAUACGGCACGACAGCGCGAAGCAGAGCGAGCGGCGGACGAGGCGCGGCGAGCGGCGGACGCUGCGGCACUGGAGGAGCAGAAGCGAGCGAUUGCGGCGGAGACGGAGGCGAAGCUGGCCGCUGAGCGCGCGGCGGCAGAGGAGACGCUGCGGGCGAGGAAGGCAGCGAGGCAAGCAGUAGAGGAGGCGCAGCUUGCGGAGCAGCGGGCGGCGGCGGCUGCACGCAACGCGGCUAAAGCAGAGGCGGAGCGGCGCGAGAAGGAGGCUGCGGACAGGAGGGCGGAGGAGGAGAAGGCAAAGCGGCUGGCGAAGGCGGCCGAGAAGAAAGCGACUAGGAAGGAGGGCAAGGCGAAGAACAAGGAGGCCAAGAAGGCGCCGCCUGCCUUCAAGCUCGAGGAGGAGCGGAGGGCGAAGGCUGCGGCCGAUGUCCGCGAGCAGGAGGAAAAGGCGGCGCGGUUGGCUGCUGAGCAGGAGGCGGCGAGGCGAUCGGAGCGCGUGGCUGCCGAGCUAGCGGGAGCGGCGGAGCAGGCGGCGCUGCGAGAGGAUGCGGAGCUGGCAGAGGCGCUACGCCGCGGUUGUGGCUAG